GUUCCAUUGAAUAUAAAUUCUUCUUGUGUUUGUUUAUUGAAUGAAUUUAAUUGUUUAUCAUUUGUUAAUUAUAUUUAAUAAACAGUUGUCAGUUAAUUAAGACAAUCAAGUAUAUAGUAAAUAAUGGAAAUAGAAGAAGAAAAUAAAAUAUCAAAAAUAGAACAAGAAUUAAAAGAAAUAAAUGUUAAAAUCAUCAAACUUCAAAAACGUAAAACUGAAUUAUUGGAACAGAAAGAGAAAUUGAAACAGUUAUCUUAUCAAAAACAAACUAAUUCUAUUAGUGACCAGAAUAAAUGGACUCAUACAGAUUUUCCUUGGCACCAAAGAGUAAAAAACACCUUAAAAACUGUUUUUAAAUUAAAUAGAUUUCGUUCACAACAGUUAGCAGCUAUUAAUAUUACAUUGUCAAAACAUGAUGCUAUACUUAUUAUGCCAACUGGCGGAGGAAAAUCUCUUUGCUAUCAGUUGCCUGCUCUUAUAGAUCAAGGUUUUACUCUUGUGAUCUCUCCUAUGGUUUCACUUAUGGAAGAUCAGAUAAUCCAAAUGCAAAAACUUAAUGUUAAUGCUAAAAUGAUAAGUUCCUAUUCUUCAAAAGAAGAUUCAAAAUUAUUAUUUCAGAUGAUGAUUGACAUUAAAUCAGGUUUAAAACUUGUUUAUUGUACUCCAGAAAGAAUAGCUAAAAGUAAAACAUUUAUGAAUAAAUUACAAAAAGCUCAUAGUUUGAAGUAUCUAUCAAGAAUAGCAAUAGAUGAGGUCCAUUGCUGUACAACUUGGGGACAUGAUUUUAGACCUGAUUAUACACAUUUAACAAUUUUCAAACCAAUGUUUCCUGACAUUCCUAUUUUGGGUCUCACAGCAACAGCAUCUUCUAAAGUUAUUAUUGACACUCAAAAACUACUGCAAAUUCAAGGAUGUGCUUUACUUAAAGCAUCAUUUAACAGACCAAAUCUCUAUUAUGAAGUUAAAUGGAAGCCUGAAGGUAAAAAAUGUGUAGAUGAAUUAGCAUCAUUACUUAAAAAUAAGUUUAAAAAUCAAUCGGGAAUUAUUUAUACUACAUCUAUUAAAGAUUGCGAAAGCUUACGAAAAGAUUUGAAAGAACACGGAUGUAGAGUUGGCGCUUAUCAUGCCCAACUAGAAGGACCUUUAAGAUCAAAAGUUCAUAAUAAAUGGUUGAAUGGUGAAUAUCAAGCAGUAGUAGCUACUAUUGCGUUUGGGCUUGGUAUAGAUAAACCUAAUGUGAGAUUUGUUAUUCACCAUACUCUAUCAAAAUCAAUAGAAAAUUUUUACCAAGAGAGUGGUCGUGCAGGAAGAGAUGGAGAACGUUCUACUUGCUUAUUAUAUUAUAAGUUAAGUGAUGUGUUUAAACUAAGCACAAUGGUGUUUACAACACAAACUGGGUUACCUAACUUAUACUCAAUGAUAAAAUAUUGCUUAAAUGUAAAAGAAUGUAGACGCAAAUUAAUAUCAGCUCAUUUUGACGAAUCAUGGGAAUCAAAUGAUUGUAAUGCAAUGUGUGAUAAUUGUUGUAAUUCUAAGACUGUAAAGUCUAUUUGUAUAAAUAAAUAUUGUAUGGAUAUAUAUAGCAUAUUAAAUGCGGCUAUAGAAAAUGAUGUAAAGUUUACAUCACAAAUGCUUUUAGACACCUGGUAUGGUAAAGGUAACAAAAAAAUAUUGCUGUUUGAUGUACAGUCUCCAGUAUUUCCAAAAACACAAGCCGAAAUGAUUCUUAGUGAACUUAUUGUACAAGGAUAUUUAAUGGAAGAUUUUCAUUUUACUCCGUAUUCCACUAUUUCAUACAUUAAAAAGGGUCCAAAUCAUUAUAAGGUAACAAAAGAAAAUAACAUCUUUAUGGAAAUGUCCCAAAUAGAGACCAGUGAACCAGCAUUAAAAAAGUUUAAAUCAAAAUAAUUUAUUUAAAGUUGAUUAUUUAAACGCAAUUUUGUUGAAAUA